AUGCCUCCCAAACCAGUCACUCAGGCAGCUCGGCGCGGGAAACGAGUCAUAGCGUCGCCCACACCGUCGUCGCGCGAAUCCGAAGGCGAGGAUGAGUUGGAGUCUGAGGAGGAGGAUGUGGUCCCGUCGCGAGUCAAAGGCAAGGGGAAAGCAGUACCCUCCACACCAGGCUCUUCGGCGGCAGCUUCUGACGACAUGGAUAUUGAUGAAGAUGAGCAAGACUCAGGGAACGACGAGCUGGACGUUAUUGACGACGACGAGAGUAUGGACGAAGGAGAAGAGGAGAUGGAGGAGGACGAUGAUGAGGAGUAUGAGGAGGAAGCGGAGACGGUACCUCCGCCUCGGGUGGUACCAACAGCUCGGAAAACUUCAAAUCAAAAUCGAGGACCUCCCGCACCCGUGCUCGCAACACCUCCUCCACCGGUAUCCGCUCAGCCGAAGAGCGGCCUGCGGAUACGGCUGAAUAUCUCAAAGCCCAGUCCGCUAGGCGCGGGCGCUGCUCAGGCGUCUGGGAGCGGAGGCAAGAGACCGGCGAGAGAAGCAGCCAAGAAGGCUGGGAAGCGGACCAAGGUCGUCGCGAUGGAGGCGGAGCUGGGCUCGGAUCAAGACCCGUCAUCCGAAGAGGAAGACCAACUGGCGGAAGAGGACGAGCUCGACGAGGAUGAGCCCGAUGCCGACCCAGAAGAGGACUUCGAGAUGGACCACGGUGCACCCAGCCGAGCUCGGUCAGAUGGGACAUCGUCACGCGCAGCCUCGCCGAGCAAAAUGACGGCGCGGCAGAGGGCGAAGGGGGAUGCGGAUCUACAGGGGGGUCUAAUGGCUCUUCCAAGCGAAGGAUCGGGGGCCAAGAAGCUCAUUCUGACCGAGGCCGAGCGUGUCGAGCGACGAGAAGAGAUGGCCCGACGGCGCAAGAGGCAGACUGAUCAAAGAAAGCAGGAUGAGCAGGAUGAAACAAUCAACCGUCUUCUCCGCGCUCAGACCGGCCGGAGCAGAAACAAGAUCGAAGCGCCAGAAGGAGGAGAAGACACGUCUGGAGCGGCCGCUGGAGCAGCAGAUGGGAGUGCGAGAGACAGAGGCAGGGGAGGAGCUGCUGGUCCGAAGGAAGGGAUGAUCAGAUGGGUCAGCACCCUCGUCUCCUCGACGGACGGGGGCGGAGCGAGGAGUGGAGAGGUGGUAUGCCGAGUAGGGGUCCCGAGGGGCAUGGCGUCGGAGUCGGAGAUAUUGGGCAUGGGGAGGAGUCAGGGAGGGACCAAGCAGAAGCAAGAUGCGCGAAGAUGUGCUGUGGAGGGGUGUAAGAACGGGAGAAAAUACAGGAGUACGAAGAAGUUUGAGGUGGGCGGGUGUAGUAUGGAGCAUCUCAAGCGGGUCAAUGAGAGUCUGGGGAUGGUGUAG